CACUUGUCCCUGAGAGGCCGAGGGGACUCCAGGCACUCUCCAGGGAGUUGCUCUUGCCACUGCUCUGCUUUGGAGGAGCUGCUCUGCAGUGAGGAGGAGAAGGUGGCGAGAGAGGCCACAGCAGGGGUGGAACUGAGAUGGCAAAAUACUUCUCAGGGCCUUGCAUGCCUCCAACAACUGAGAAGCUCUUAAAUUCUGAGCUCGCUAAGAUUUGGGCCAGCGCCUCCUAUUACCUGAGUCAACAGCUGGCUCUCCACCAGGCUGUCCGCAUUCCUAGCCUUGGAACAUUCACAGUUGUCACAGAGCAAGUAGCCAGCCAGAAAAACGACAUCGUGACUGUUGAGAGACCCAUGUUUCAUCUGGCUAAGGCUAUUGUGCACAACCAUGACCUCCGAUACGACUACAUAGACGUUCCAGGCCACCUGCAUUUUGAGGAACUGCCGUACGCUCAGAUCGCCUCAGAAACAAUGUCUCUGAGAGCUUAGUGCGGCUUUGCGUAGAAAGGACCACGCGUCUCUUCUGUGUCUGCAUAGAGGACAGGCAGAACAUUGCCUUCCUUUGGAGAGACGUUGGCAUGCUGAUCAUCGAGGGCAAGGACGUUAAAAUGAAAUUCUAUGAAGACUUUCUGAAAAAAGCUGAAUGGGACAACAAAUGCUUUGCAAGCUCUUCUCAGGGUAGGAUUUUCAUUUUCCCAGCACUACCCAUGGUUCUUCUGAAGUGCCUUCCAGGGACUGGGUGGCUGCUUUCUCCUGGCCUGUCGUGCUUCUUC